AGAGAACGGAACAACGCCCCAUCUAUUCAGAGCAAGUAUAUAUGUAUGCGUCGCGCCUUUCCUACUUCCGAUCGCCGAGAAAUCGAUCCUUCUGGCUCUUGCCUUGCUUUUUAAAACCCCAAUAUCUCUUUAAAAUCCUAAAUCCCCCAUCCAUUUCAAUACUUCUCUUUCUGGGGUUUGAGCAAUCGGGGCUAAUUUCAAGUGUUUUUAAUUUUUCCGGAAAGAUUUUGCGGGAUUUCGUUGGAUUACUUGAGAUCCUACUGGUUAUCGAUCUAAAUCUGGAUUUCGGAUGUGUGGAGCAUGAUCUUCCGGCAAAAUGAUCAGAUUUUUCGGCAAAUAAAUGUGGAUCAUCGGCGAGGUGGGUAAGUCAAAAGUUUUGGUCUCAGAAGCAUCGUAGUUCCCCGACUGAGCUUCAAAAGUUCAGCAUAAGGUUAUGUUCUCAUGUUCAUGUUCAGAUCUCGUCCAAUACUGCAUCUAUCUUCCUUAGUCCAGAAGCCUUGAACAAUUACUGUUUUAUUACUUAAACACCAGAUUUUGAUUCAGAAGGCUGGUUUAGUUAUCAAAGACAGAAGACAACCAGAGGUGGUUUCUUGGGUAUGCUGUAGAAUAUCCUUUCUUUCAUAACUGGAAAUUUGAAAGACAGGGCGAACAAAAAUGCAGUCAAAUCGAAUUUAUUAUGCUGAUCUUAGUAAUGAUGUGGAUCAAGGCGAGUUUGACAAAAUUCCUGAUUCAGUAGUUCUUAUAAUCCUCAACAAGCUUGCUGACAUUCGGUCUCUUGGGCGCUGCACUGCUGUCUGCAAGCGUUUCAACUCCCUCGUGCCCUAUGUCCAUGAUGUCUACAUCAAGAUUGACGAAGUUGUAACAAUCAAUGGCGACAGUGACGAAAGCUCAUAUUCUUCUUCCCACAAACCCCGUAAUUUCUUCUCCAAUCUCCUCAAAUACAUGUUCUUGAACCUUCUCAAACCGUUCCAUCAUUUAAGAAACAACAGCAACACAAACAAAACCCUUCUCCCCCAAGUCUCUCAGUGUACUCUUGAUCAAGUCCUCAGGAAUUUCCAUCACAUUCACAAUCUAUGUAUUGAAUUACCAACUGCUGAUGUUGAAACUGAAGAUGGGGUUCUUCUAAAAUGGAAAGCAGAGUUUGGAAGCACACUCCAAAAUUGUGUUAUUUUGGGAGGCACUCAGAUUGAAAGGAAACCAGUAACUGAUCAGGGAUCACUUGAGGACAAUGGGAGUAUACCAGAAUCAUUUUACACGAAUGGGGGUUUGAAACUGCGAGUUGUGUGGACUAUUAGCUCAUUAAUUGCUGCUUCUACAAGGCACUAUUUAUUGGAACCAAUUAUCAAGGAUCAUCCAACCCUGAGAACUGUGGUUUUUACAGAUGCAGCAGGUCAGGGAACCUUGAGCAUGGGUAUCGAGCAGCUAAAGGAAUUUAGGGAGAAACCCUUGGCUGCAUCAGCCUCUUCGAGACGGACUCAAGUGCCAGCCUCAAACAUGAAAUUGAGGUAUGCUCCAUAUUUGGAUCUUCCAGAGGGAUUGGGCAUGCAAGGGGCAACACUGGUGGUUAUCAGAACAUCAGGAGAAGGCAGUAGGAGUAAUAAAAUGGAGGUAGAGGCAUUUGUUCAUGGGGCGUUUGACGGGCCAUUCAAGGCAGCAGUGAAGGCAUUGGUGAAGCGGAGAACUUACCUCUUGGAGAUGAAUGGCUUCUAGACUUAACUACAGUUACAUGGUUAACAGGCUGCUUUGUCUAUUCAAGUUAGCAAUUCAGUUAAUUUACGUGAAACUAAUGAAAAACUUCAGACAACUCUUUUAGCCAACUAUAAGAUCAGAGUGAAGGCUGCGAAUUCAGUUGCUGCGUUUCCAGGGAGAUGUGGUUUCUGUUUGGAUCGGGUAAUCGUUUAUUUUUGUGGUUCCCGUCUGUUGCUUCUCUGGUUUUUGUAUAUGUACAGUGAAAACUGAUUGAGAGGUGUUUCCUAUCUUAUGUAUAAAAACAAAUAGGUAUUGGCGGCUUAGCAAUUAAUUGGCAAUUUGGCA